AUGGCAGCCGGAAACCCGCAAAAGCUUCCGCAGGACCCGGUCUUGGCCAGGCUGCUCGCAGCAUCUCGUCAGAUUUCUGGCUCGGAAACCAUCGUACACGAUGCUUUUGGCUUUGAGAAGACGUACCCGGAGCUGUUGGGCGAUGUUAUGCAGAUGCGCCAUCUCCUUCGCGCGCGACUCCCACCAUCGGCGGUAGGCGAGCAAGGUUUCUUUCACGAGGCCGUCCCUUAUGUUGCUGUUCUCGCACGGAGCGGGUACGAGUUGAUAGUCGCCUUCUUCGCCAUCCGAGCCAUGGGGGGUGCCUGGAUGACCUUUGGUUCCGGCAUCCUCCCCGAAGAAGCUUACUACUUCCUCUCCAAGACGAAAGCAACCUGUAUGCUGGCAAGCAAAGACUGCUUCGGCAGGGCUGAGAAGAUAUGCGCCUAUCUCAGUGAGCAAAAGGACUCAGAAUCCUUGACGCUUUUGCCCAUCUCGAGCGAUGCGCAGCCCCUCGGGAAUGCUGACAUCGCGAUUGAGGACAGUCUCCCGGUGGACUCGGGCGGACCAGGCCUGGUGCUGUUUACUUCUGGCACCACCGGUCUCCCGAAAGCCACGGUGCUACCGAAACGAUGCUUUGCUUAUGCACAACUGGCUGAACCUGGCAGCGCCGCCAUCAACUACCGUCCAGGUCACUGGAUUGGCGGGGCGAGGAGUCUUAUCGAGCCCGUGGUGACGGGAACGAAGCUCUACGACCUUGGAGAGAAAGCUGGCGCCGACACCGUCUUGGAAGCCUUCAAAACUCACCGGAUCACUCACGCCACGUUCACACCGCUGGUGUUGCGGCAGAUGAAGGAUUUAAUGACAGACGGAAGCGGGGAGCUAUCCAAGGAGGGCCGGAAGAAAUACUCCAAUUACUUCAAAGGCUUGCCCACGAUCAGAUGCGCCGCCGGGAUACUUGGCCCGACGACGAUGCAAUUCUGGACAGAUUUGACGGGCUUGCCAUUCGAGAAUGUCUAUAGCUCAACGGAGUUAGGAGGGCCUGCAACACGGGCGAUCUCGGGGAUCAAGAAGAAUUCGAUUGGCACCCCCUUGCCCGGCAUCGAUGUUAAGCUAUCAGAAGGAGACCACGGGGAGCUUCGUGUCAAGAGCCCAAACAUGCUUACACACUACAUCGGUGAGGAGGAGGCAACUCGCGAUGCGUUUGAUGACGAAGGGUACUUCAAGACUGGAGAUCUUGCCUAUCUCAAAGAUGGCGAAUUCGUGUUUGCCGGCCGAUCAAAUGCUGACUAUGUGUUCUUCCGUUUCUAUCAAAUCUCAACGUUGAGGACUACGAAGCGAAAGAGCUAUGCGGAGCGGUCGUUCGGCUUCGACUUCAUUCGGCGCCAGCAGAGCAAAUAA